CCUGUUUUGUUUUCAAGUCACUUUUGUGUUGCUUUUCUCUUCUAUCACUUUUCGUUUGCUUUUCUUUUCUACCACUUUUCUGUUUCAACCAUUAUUUAUGUUUUUUUUUCUUUUGUGUUGUUUUGGAGAAUGUAUACAGACAAAUGUUAUAUGUGCUAUACAAGUGCACAACCAUUGGCCUUUGAAAGUGUAGGUAUAAGUACUCUUAUAUAAAAGAAUAAUGAUCCCAUAAUAACAUGUUUAAAGUCAUCAUUACUUUUCAGUGGCCUUUGAUGAUUGAGCAUUGGAAUAAACUUGAUGAGGAAGGAAUCUUGGAGGAAGAGUUAGUCAGACAUCUUUGGAGAGAUGAGAUUAGCAAAGACGAAACUUGCUUUGAGUUCUUCUUAGAACUAAUGAAGCAGUUUGGACUGCUGUGCGAGCAGAUCAAGAAUGAGGAGAGUACACAUCGGUCAUUUUUUGUACCCUGUCGACUGAAACGUAGCACAGACAAUAUGGCUAUUAAGUCAGACUCAGAUCAGAUGGUUUCUAUCUAUAUGGCUUCCGAGGAUUUCAUCCCUGAUAGUAUCUUCCAUCCUCUAGUUGUCAGUUUGAUUGGAAUGGUACAAGACAUGGGCUACACGGCUAAAUUAGAGUUAUUUAGCAACUAUGCAAACAUCUGUCUAGGAUGUCAUCACACUCUCAGCUUGGGACCGGUAGUCAUUGAUAACAAGCCCUCAUUGAAGCUGGAAAUAUUACGAAUGUCUGUUGUUCAUGAGGAUGGUACAACUACAUCAACAGGUGAACCAACUCCAAGAGUUUGUAUGCAGGUGUUGGAGUUUCUGAAGCAAGAGAUGAAAGUGUUGACAAUUGGAAUGAAGCACACAGGAUAUGCAUUCCGUGUCCUGUGCUGGCAAGACUCGAAAAAAACUCACUUCCACAAUUUGGACGAGUGUCUGGAAAAAGAUUUUAUCCCAUGCGGACAGAAAUUGAUGAUGACAGGCAAACUACAAAGGAUGUUCAGGAAUAAGAAAAUACUAACAGGAAACCCUUCCUUACCAGGUCCUUCAGUGGAAUCUGCAAGUGUCAGCAAUUUAGAGACAGCGCAACCAGGUCCUUCAAUGGAAACCUCAGAUGUCAGGAAUGCAGAGAAAGCGCAGCCAGAUGGAAAUCUAGGUUAUGUGGAUGAUAUGCACCUAUCUGCUAUUGCCGAAGGCAUGGGACUUGAAUGGAAACAACUGGGCCUCAGGCUAGGUCUCAGUUGGAACAAGAUUCAACAAAUUUGGAGUGAUAACAGACGAUUGUUCGACCGCAUAAUGGAAAUGCUGACAGAAUGGAGAAAACAACAGAACUAUGAGACAAACCAAGUUGAGAUAAUGUGCAACGCUUUGAAGGAUCAGGGACUCACAGAGCUUGCUAACAAGGUCUUUGGCUCACAAACAUCAGAGGAUCAAUCAUCCCAUGUGGAAGCAAGUACAGAUCAUCCUUGUGGAAGAUUACACCAUACAAAACAGGAACACAAUGGUUGUUUGACUGAUACUGACCUUCAGUUCAUUGCUAAAAGACUUGACAAUGAUUGGAAAUAUUUGGGCUACUAUCUUAAUAUGAAACGCUCUGAAAUAAAUCAAAUUGCAACUGACUUUUCACCACCAAUGGUUGACGCCUGUAUUGAAAUGUUGGUAAAGUGGCGGAGUAGACAGGAAGCUAAAGUAAAUCAUCUUGCAAAGAUUAUUGAUGCCUUAACCAGUCUUGAAAGAGAAGAUAUCAUUAAAGAACUUAAGCCUUAUUACCAGUAAAAAUAUAACUAAAAUAAGAGCCACAGAAAGUGGCCCUGAUUCCCAGGAACCAAAAAGCGGGGUGGGGUAUCCAGUAAGAUCUAGGGGCAGAGCCCAUGGUUAGGGGCCAGUCCAAAAGCUCAGACGUUUCAUGUAAUGCCUAUUUCAAACGAUUACAGACAUAAUAACAGAGAGAAAAUAUUAUGUCAACAUCUUGAGAAAAUGAAUUAUAAAAAUAGACAAUAAACACAUUCUGGCUAUUUGAUCCAGAGAUAUUUAAUUAAAUCAUUCACUCAGUGCUUUCAUUUAAAUAUUCGUGGGUUUUUUUUAAACAGAAUGUUUAUCAGCAUUUUUGUAUAAUAAUCAAAUUUCAUGACAUUAUCCCUGAUUAUAUGCUUUCAUUGGGACUGUUGGGCAUCUUUGACAUUCCGAUACAAUUUUCUCGGAGUUGGACACAGGUUUUAUUAUUAGACAUUCGAGUAGUUCAGGUUUGUUCUAUCGAUAAAAAGUGCAUUGUCAUGCCAAAGGCAAGAAAAUGUAGGAUGGCCAAGAAUAUUUUGAGGACACAUGCUUUGGAGAGCAAAAUAACAUUGCAUCAUGACCAUAUGUAGACAUAUCAUGACUAUAUAUGGGCACAUCAUGACUAUAUAUGGGCACAUCAUGACCAUAUAUGGGCACAUCAUGACUAUAUAUGGGCACAUCAUGAC